AUGGACUCAAGAGUACAAAUCCCAGACAACAGCAACAACCACGCCAAUAACAACAUGAGCACAACGCAACAAGCGCUCCUCACCACCUCACCUCAGCCUCACAACCCGCUCAGCCUCGCAUCCAAGCAACCAAUCCCAACUUCCGGAGCCAGCAUACACGAGCGAUCAGCAUCGCACCACCCCCACACGCAGCCCACCGAAUACUCCCAACAGCGGCUGUCCCAAUUGCCAGAAGCCAGCGGUCAACAGCCGAAUGCCCUGGAAAGCUAUCCGCACCAAGUGUCCGGGUCUGGGGGCCCGACCGCUACGGCUCCAUUCCUGCGGGACUUCAGCCUCGUAGCGGAGGCGGCCAAACGCGCCCAGAUGUCAGUUGUGAUGCGUGAUUUGGAGGCGGUAACGUUAUAG